AUGGAGAAGCAAAACUACAGCAAGUUCUCCUGUUUCUGGGAGACAGAGCCCGUAGGCUGUAGGAGGAUAAGCUGUGACUUCUUUCACAGAAAACCCCGUAAUAUAAAUGGACUUUAUUUGCCACCUAGUAACAAUACCCCAUUGAAACAGGAUGUCCAAGGAGGCAUUCUGCACCUAGCCCAUCGUCAGGACUCACUCAGAAAUCAAGACAAUGUUUUAGUACCAAUUCAUCCUCCACUGAUUAUAAAUCUUGACGAUGAAGAGGAUGAUGAAGAGGAAGAUGAAGAGGAUGAUGACGAGGAAGACAACUAUGUUUCUAACUGGAUGCCUAAGACUGUUAUAGAUAUUGAAGAAGAAAGAGCAAUAAGGGAUAUAUGCUAUAAAUCUGGAGAGUAUUAUGGGAUUCAGAACCCUUACAAACACCAAUCAACAAAAACUGUGUCUUCACCGUGGCAAGAUGAGUUAUUACCCUUGGAAACUACUGAACAAAACUUGCAGAAAGGUGAUGGUAACACAAUUCCUACAAGAUUUAAUAAUACAAGAAAAGAAAAGGAGAGUUCAGAAAGGAAGGUAUCAAUAGAGAGUAUUCCCAGAACAGAUCAUAAAUCCUUUGACAAUGGAGGAGGUGGUGGUUUUGUUAUGCAGAGGAACACAUUUAUUGAUGGGAACAGAUUUGAGGCACUACCUCGGGAAAAAGAACCAAUUACAUCAAAGUAUUCCAAUGUGAAAGACACAAACUACACUGAACUGGUAAAGGGCCACCACUUUAAGGAAGUAAAGGAAAAUAAAAGGAUUUCUGAGGAGCGAAGAAAUGCAGCCAAUGCAGUAACUGGCAGAGGAAUUCACACUCCAGACCCCAAAGUAAAACCAAGUUAUCAACAAAGGGGUCAAAGUAAGGAGGAUGAAACUGCUUCUUCGAGUCCAUAUGGGAGAGACACUGGAAGAUACACUCAUUUAAAUUCUUCAGAACCUCGACGAUCAGCUUAUGUAGUCUACCGGACUGUCACUCAAAAACCGAAAUUCAGUGGAUCUGCAGCAGUACCUGAGUCCUAUGGUCUGAAAGGCUCCAAACAAAAGAAUCAGCCUGACACCAAUAGGAGAUUUUGUACACAAACAGAAAACUAUGGCAAAUAUACUUCAGGAUCUUCUAAUUCUCCAGCUUGGAAGAAGAGAAAUCCACAAGCAAAACCAUUCUCUAAAUUUAAAAUAACUACUCAGCAGAGUAAAGAAGACAUGGAAAUGAAUAAAAAAGGAGAAAAAGAAACAUCUAAAGGGAAAUAA